UACUUGAUUGAGUCCGACUGACAUUUUGGUCUGACAGUACAGCUUUGAAGUUUCAUUAGUACCUGCCGCCUGGCGGUUGUAGAUUGUAAAAAAACUAAUUUCUUGUUAGUUGUUACUGAAGCCACGCCGUUUUAAUAAUUGUUCGAAGUGAAAGACUGCUUGGGUACGAUGACUUCGAAUGAUGGGCGAGCACAGUCAAACUUGCAUCAGCAAGAUCUAACAAAAUUGGAUGUCACAAAGCUAUCAGCCCUGUCCCCUGAGGUAAUUUCAAGGCAAGCCACUAUCAAUAUUGGUACCAUUGGACAUGUAGCCCAUGGCAAGUCAACGGUGGUAAAAGCAAUUUCUGGUGUUCAAACUGUCAGAUUUAAAAAUGAGCUUGAAAGGAAUAUUACCAUUAAAUUAGAGUACCUGCCUGACUGCACAAUAAGAAUGUUUCGGGAGAGAACUGUUGAAAUAGAUGAAAAUCUAUUUCAUGAAAAGUUAAGAAGAGCCAAUAAAAAGUGUGUGAUUCAAAAUGAAGAAACACCGGGUAAACCUCCAGCCAAGAAGAAAAAGAAGGAGAAACAGGAUCUCGAAGAAUUUGUUAUAGAAAGUAUAAAAGAUUUCAAGUUUGAAUGGGGAAAGGAGGCAUUUUUUAUAAAAUGGAAGGGAUGGCCUGAUAGUGAUAAUACAUGGGAACCAAUAGAGAAUCUCGACAAUUGCCCUCACAUUCUUAAAGAAUUUUUACUCACAGAGGAAGAGAAAUAUUGUAAAUUAUUUGAAAAGCUGAGAAAAGAAUUGUCAUUUGAGGAUUUACUAAGUGAGGAAAAUUUAAAGAAAAGGAUUGACGAGUUUCAAGAAUAUUCACUUGAGGAUUUAAAAAUAAAGCUUUUAGUCAAGCUUCUUGCUAUGGUUAAGCUUAAUACAACUCAAGAAGCUUAUGCGCCAGAAUUAGUUCAGGAGACCAGAGAUGUGCUACAAUUGUAUGUCAUGGUUAGAAAGAGAUGCCAGCAAUUAAUGGCACUGAAAGAAUGGGAAGAAUAUCUAAACCAAAUAGAUAAUUGCAAAAAACUAAGUGUUGAGAAUGAUGUUGAUCUGGCUGGCCCUCCACAAAAUUUUACUUAUAUAAAUGAAUGUAUGCCCGGAGCUGGUGUGUUAAUUCCAAAAGACCCACCAAUAGGAUGUGACUGCACUGCAUGUAAUUGCCGCUCUAAGUCUUGCUGUGGUAUGCAAGCUGGUUUCUUUGCAUACACUAUUAACAAAAGACUUAGAGUUGCAUCAGGUACACCUGUCUAUGAAUGCAACAAAGCCUGUAAGUGUUCAUCAGAAUGUAAUAAUAGAGUAGUCCAGAGGGGGAGGAAUAUUAAACUAACAAUAUUUAGAACUCCCACUGGCUGUGGUUGGGGGGUGAAGGCGGAACAAAAAAUAAAACAAGGUCAGUUUCUGUGUCAAUAUGUCGGAGAAGUGAUCACAUUUGAAGAGGCUGAGAGGCGAGGGCGGGAAUAUGACGCCAAUGGCUUGACAUACUUGUUUGACCUAGACUUCAAUUCUGUUGAGAAUCCCUAUGUUGUGGAUGCUUGUAACUUGGGCAAUGUUUCCCAUUUUAUUAAUCACUCAUGUGAUCCCAAUCUGGGAGUGUGGGCAGUAUGGGCGGACUGCCUUGAUCCUAAUUUGCCAAUGUUAGCACUAUUUGCAACGAAAGACAUAGAGGCCGGUGAAGAGCUUUGUUUUGAUUAUCUCCAGAGAGGCUCUGAUAAUGACGAUGAAAAUCCACAAAAAGCAGCGAAUGAGACUGUUGUAUGUGAGAAUGGUGUGUUGCCAUCAGAGACGAAAACAACAAUUACAACACCCGCUUCCCCUGUCAAAUCAAGAUUCGAGAUUCAGCAACAAAAUAGAGCACUGCUAAGAAAUCGCACUGAGUGCAAAUGUGGUAGUGUCAAGUGUAGAAAGUAUUUGUUUUAAGUAAAAUUAAUAGUAUAGAUACCUCUUUUACAUUGAGUAUGUGUUGAAUAGAGUAGAUAUGGAUUUUGGUAGUGAAAUUUGAGUCCAUCAUAGAAUUUCUCUAACUCUCUAGAUAACUAUGUGGCAUCCAUUUCAUCUUGGUUGCUUUCUGCAGUAGGUAACAGGUAACACCCUACACUUAUAGCGAGUACACUUAAAUGGACUACAGCAUACAGUCAUACUGCUGUAUGGGUAAAGUAAAUAGCAUCCCUUGUCCUUUUUCAAAAGUUAUGUCACGAAGUAAUCGUAUUUUUUUAAUUAUAGUAAAUCAUGCAAUCUUUAUGUUAAGAUAGUUUUAAAAGAAAAAUGUAGACUUUCACUUAGUUACAGUAGAGUAGAUACUAUGUCUAAAUAGUAAUAAUUUUGAGUAGUAGUUUAUAAUUAUUAUAGUGAAAUAAGUACCUACACAAAUAUGAUAAAAUAAAAAUUAUCUCCAAUCCUUCAAUAUGCCAAAGUUAUGACCAAUUAGACAGUUUGUUCUUUCAUGCAAUAGGAACAAAAAGCAAUACUUAAUAUAUUAUUUAUGAAUUAUGAUAUGAUAUACCAUAGAAAACUAUGUAUUGAAUUGUAACUGGUACCUUGGAAUACAUCUUAACAUAAUCUUUGUCAAAAUUUAAAUCUGGAGGGUAUUUGACGAAAAACUAGGGAAAAUGUGAAAACCUAUAAUUAUUCAAAUCUCAGUAAAAAACACCGAAAUAUUGCCCUUAAGGUAUAAUAUGCAUUUAGAUUUUUAAAAAUAAUUACAUUUGAUUUGCAUCCUAAAACUUAUCAAACACAUCAAAUUAUUGAUAAGAAUAUUCUUAUUGAAUUAAAAAAUAUAUAUAUUUUUGUGCAAUAUAUUUCGGUUAUUAAAAAGCGCCAUUUUGAGCGGGGUUUUCGUGACGUCAGUCUAUGUCAACAAUCUAUAUUAUAAUAAAUAAAUGUAUAGCCUGUUUUUUGAGAUAACUAUUGCACGGAUCGGUAUAAUACUUACCAUACCAUAAGAUGCAGCGUGUUGGUUGUUACUUAUCUUGAACGAAAUUUUUUUGUCGACUAAGAAAUACCUAUAUUAAUUCAGUCAAAAGCCGCGUACUGACUAAGCGAGCAGCCUCGCGAGGCAAAUCCUCGCUCGGUCAAGACGUGAAAGAAUUAAUAUAAAGGCAGUGACGGCGGUAGCUUUCCGAAAGAAAUGGUCUCAUGCAAAACUGACUAUAAUUAAGCCGCGGCUAAUAACAUUGAGUCUCGUGCCAGAUUUUGGCUAGACAACACGUCCUGAGGAUGUCUCGUGAGGCGUCUUCGCUCUAGAGGCGAAACACGUGUCGAAUUGUUUUAAAGACAAAUAUUGGCGGAAUUAACACUAAAGAAAACUUAAAUCAUUUGUAUUAACAUUUCAUUACAUAUGAUAAAUCGUACAAUGAGCGCGUGCGGUAUACUAUUUUUACUAUAAGUACUAUUACUACGGAACUUACUACUAUACAAGAGAAUAGUGUUGCCGGGUCAGCACUAUUCCUUUGUAUAAACGAAUUUGUAAUAAGUAAUUCUGAUGAAACUUGUUCAAUUUAAUUACAUUUUGUGAUUAUAAAAUAAUUGACCAUAAUCAAAACGUAAGUAAAAUAUUGUCUGGUGCCUCUGUGCAAAAAUAUGUACUUCGAAAAGUGCACUAGAUAAAGUAUUUUUUCUAGUUCCAAGAGACAUGACUAUCCUAAUAAGGUGGUGUAAAUUAAAAUAGAGAUAAAUAAUCUCCAACACCUGGUUUAUAUUGUUAUCUAGACCGUUUGAAGUGAGUUUAAUGAAUAUGUUAUUUUUUUAUAAUUUAGUUUUUAAUUUUGUUGUUUUAUACUUUGACUAGCCGAUCCCGCCCGCUUUCCUGGGCGAAUUUUAAAAGGAUAUAAAUUUAAUUUUAUUCCUUUUAUUACAAACAAAUUCAAUAAAAAAAAAUAAGUAGCCAUAUACCAUCUAGAAUAAAUUUCGCAUGGUGGUGGUAGUUUCAUAUCGAUGCGAUCAGUGGUUUAGGCGUGAAAGAGCCUCAAACAAAGACCAUUUUCAUUACAUAUAUAUAGACUAGUGGACUCAACAGACGUUGUCCUGUACACAUGUUUUAAAUUUGAAAAAUCGGUCCAGCCGUUAGGAGCUUCACUAACAUACACAUGAGCAGGAGAAUUAUAUUAUAUGGGCGGAAUUGAGAAUCUAAACCAAUCUCAAAUUCACUGAAACAAACAAAAAAGUCAUCAAAAUCAGUCCAGCCGUUUAGGAGGUAGUUUAAUUGUGAAUCUAAACCAUUUUCGAAUCCACCUGAAGACACACACCAAUCUCAAAUUCACUGGAACACACAAAAAUAUCAUCAAAAUCGGUCCAGCCGUUUAGGAGGUAGUUCAAUUGUGAAUCUAAACCAUUCUCGAAUCCACCUGAAUACACACAGAAAGUUUCAUUAGAAUCGGUCCAGCCGUCUAGGAGGAGUUCAGUGAUAUACACACGCACACAAGAAUUAUAUAUAUAAAGAUAGAAAAUGUAACUGAACCUUAACAUUGAUAUUAUUCUCAAUGUUAAGGUAUAACAUAAAAUAUUAUAAUUUAAUUUAAAUUCUAUUUCCUGCAUUUAUAGAUUAUGUUUAGUUUUACAAAUCUAUAAGAGAAAUAUGAAUUUAAAAACUUAAAAUAGAAUUCGCGGAUGUAUGGUCACGUGGGGUUCAAAAACUGUUUUGCUGCGAGUUUCACGUAGCAAUGGCACCUUUUUCGUGCUGGAGAGGUGAAAAGUAAAUUACUUAUAUGAUUACAUUGUAGCUUUCACUCCUGUAAAUUCAGCAGAAAUAAACUCUGGGUUUGAAUCACAAAAAAUGCGUCAUCAAACAGCAUUUUAUGUUGCUUAUAUUUAAGGAAGAUUAUCUGAAGGUGCUUUAACAAAUCCAUUCAGUCAUUGUAGAUCAUAUUUAUACAGAUCAUUUAAUAAUAAAAAACCAACAUAAAAUUUAAUGUAUCGCUAACCACCGAAAAUAAUAUCUAGGAACCAUACCAGUAAAUAUGUUUAUCUAGACUUGGACGUUAAGCUUCGUUUCAACCAAUAAAAGUUGUAAGUUUAUUGUUAAUGAUUUUGAGCUUCAGGCCGCCGUUAAGUUACCGAGAACGAAAUACUGAAAUGGUGAUGCAUACGAUUACUAUAGCUGUCGCCAGAUACUGCAUCUGACAGUGACUCGUGACUGAGUCUAAGAUACGUAUACGCCGAGUCUCUUGCGCCCGUUCUUCUCUGGCUUGAGGCAGUCUAUUUUGAAUGGGUGGUAGUUUUUGACGUUCAAUAAGUGAUAUUGAAUCCUAUUAUGAAUAAAUCGUCAUGUUAGUUGGUGGCAUGUAUGCCCUUUGAUUUGUAUUUUGGAUUAUGGUGGCAUCUAUUAUAUGAUUUCGGAUAUACCUAAUGGAACCUAGUCGUGAACAUUCAAUAGAAGUAUAUAAACUCGUCUUGAAGUAGGUAAAUAAAACGCUCCUGUAAUAUAUUAUGUAUAUAGGAAGAAGUAGUGGCCGGUGCAAUGUAUCCAUUAUUCAAACCCGAGUACCACGAACGACAACAAACUGAACUUAACAGCGAUGGCCGUGCGAACACAAAGUCAUCAGACAUAAUCCAGUUUGUUCGACACACAGUAACCUAAAUAUAUGUACGGAUAAUUCGUCUCUUCCGCCUUCACUGCUUCCUUUCGUAGGUCGCUCAAUUUCGCCUGCAUUUAUUUCAAUAGCACGACGCUUUUAGUGAGAAAUUGUUUAAAUGUCGCCGAGAGGCAAGAAAGAGAAGUGGUAAGACAAGGAAGAACUGCCUGUCGUUAGCCCGCAUGAGCCGAUAUAUAUUCUCACUUCUGCCCGUUGUGUUAAGCACAUGCAUAGUUUUUUUUUCCUCAAUUAUCAAUUUCUCAUAGGAAAUGUAAGUAGGUUGGUAAUCCCAUUUAUAUGAAAUCUUAUUGGGCUUGUAAGCAGUCAAUAGGCUAGGCUAGCAAGUAAAAGUUAAAUAUUAAAUGUAACUUAAGUAAAUCGGAGAUCUUUUAUUCUUGUUGAUUUCUUGUUUUAUUUUAAAAGAUUUAAUUCAAUAUUUUAAAGAUGGUUUUUAAUUUCUUGGAAAUUUUGAAAGCACUAUUUUGUAGAAAUAUUAAUACUUUUUUUUUUUUUUUACAAAAUAUGUUGGUUUCGAUUUAAGCAUCACAUAAAAUAAAUUAUGUAUAAUAAGUUAGUUAGCAACCCUCAGUUGUAGGAAACUCUACAAUUAAAGUAUCAACUAAUUAAAUAUACUAGAUAUUUCAUUUAGUAACAGAAGUGUUAGGCAUAGAAUAAAAUUAAUUCCUUGCCCUUAUAUGCGGGUACACGAUCCAUUUUGUCUAUCAUAUUGUCUUUUGAAAAGUAUUUAGCUUAUUUUUAAACAAUGUUUUGUAAAUCAUUCGAUUUCUACCAGUGUUGUUAUGGAUUUAUAAUUUCGGAUCCGGAUAUGGAUAUGGAUAUUGGUAAAAUAUAAUAUCGGUUUCGGUUACGGCUAUGGAUAUUAAAUUAUUUCGGAUUAUCAGAUAGUUUCGGUUACGGAUAUUAAUUUUUUAAGGAACUGUAAAAUUAAAUACAAAUACCUCUAAACCUCUGAACUCUAGAUUUUAGACUCUAAAGUUACGACUAAACGGGCGCGCGGUAGUCUGCCAGCCGGGCAAAAACAAAAACUUGUUACGACGUUUCAUAUGUACUAUAAAGUAUAACCCGUACGAAUUAGCUGUGCACCUCGCGCUGUGACGUCAUUAGGUAGCGGGAGAGCUGUCGCAUUCCAGCGGAGUGCACAGUUAAUUUGUACGAGUGUAGUAUUUAGUUAGACUCCGCUCUAUCCGAAACUAUCCAAAACAUUUAUUUCGGAUUCGGUUACGGUUACGGAUAUUUUUUAUUUCGGAUAUCCGAUAGUUUCGGUUACGGAUAUGGAUAUCCAUAACAACACUGAUUUCUACACAUACUUGUAUUACUUAUUACUUAGUAGUUUUAAUUAAGGUGUUUAUAUAAUAGCUAAGUUAAGUACAUUUGUAAUUUAAACCUUCGCCAAGUUGACCAGCGCGGACUUCCUAGCAAACGAAGCCGGCACCCGGCUGGUGGGGAACUGUUGUCGAGCAGUAAAUUGCCGCAUUAAUGAGUCACUGUGUGAUAUAAGUGCUCUACGAUAUUUAACUUGUCUCAAAGUGAGGAACGCAAUUAUUGUAGGUUUAGUCAAGAAUUCUUAGCGCGACUGCAUUUAAGGUAACGUUUGCUUGGCUCAUCACGUAUUCUCGUAAAUAAAUGUAGUUUUACUAUUAAGUAUAAACCUUAUUUUGCACAAUAAUUAUUGCGCGGGAGUUAUCUAGGUUAUCGAUAGCUAAUAUGUGUGUUUAUUACAUAUUAAUUUACACUUAAAAUUGACUUAUUACUUCUAGAAAUUAGUAGUUUCUGUAUUGAUAAACAUAAUAAUAGGAUAUAAGCAUAUAUAUUGAGAUAUAAGGUAUUUUUAGAAAUAAGUAGAUUCUGUGUCUGUAUAAUGUCAGUGUUUGUGCUUGUUAGAUGUAAUUUUAUUCGAUUUUGAAUAAAUUCAUUUAUUGUGUG